AAAUUUUAGGUUUCGGUCUGUGACCGAUAACCGAAUGAAUAGGUGAUAAGUAUAAUUAUAGCCCAGCGGCCUCCUACCCAAAUCAAUGCAACGGCCAAAGCAAAAUAGAACCCUAAAUCGCCGAACCUCUGUUCCGAAAACAUGAGCGAAUGAACCUGACCUAUCCGGAUUCCAGACUCUAGCAAAGCGAAGAAGCCAAGCGAUUAAUUUUAGCCUUGUACGAAGACCCAAGAUUUGUGAAAAUGGGUGGAGGUUUCAGAGUGCUGCAUCUUGUCAAACCGUUUCUCUCGUUUCUGCCCGAAGUUCAGAGUGCUGACAGAAAGAUCCCCUUUAGAGAGAAGGUCAUAUACACUGUGAUCUCUCUUUUCAUCUUCCUGGUCUGCAGCCAGCUUCCUCUUUAUGGCAUACAUUCCACAACGGGUGCUGAUCCCUUUUAUUGGAUGCGUGUUAUUCUUGCCUCAAACCGUGGUACUGUCAUGGAGCUUGGAAUCACACCAAUUGUGACUGCUGGGAUGGUAAUGCAACUGUUGGCUGGUUCAAAAAUUAUUGAAGUGGACAACAAUGUCAGAGAGGACCGAGAACUUCUAAAUGGGGCUCAAAAGCUGUUAGGCAUCCUGAUUGCUAUUGGAGAGGCAAUUGCUUAUGUCCUAUCAGGGAUGUAUGGAAGUGUGAACCAAUUGGGCGUUGGAAAUGCCAUUCUAAUUAUCAUCCAGCUCUGCUUUGCUGGCAUUAUAGUCAUGUGUUUAGAUGAGCUCCUUCAGAAGGGAUAUGGUCUUGGUUCUGGGAUUUCCCUAUUUAUAGCUACCAAUAUCUGUGAAAGUAUUAUCUGGAAAGCAUUCAGCCCUACAACCAUUAAUACGGGUCGUGGAACUGAAUUUGAAGGUGCUAUUAUUGCUUUGUUCCAUCUACUAAUAGGUCGAACAGAUAAAGUAAGGGCCCUCAGAGAGGCUUUCUACCGGCAAAAUCUUCCCAAUGUUACCAAUCUACUUGCCACAGUUUUAAUCUUCUGCGUUGUCAACUAUUUCCAAGGUUUUCGAGUGGUUCUUCCUGUCAGAUCAAAGAAUGCCCGUGGACAACAAGGAUCUUAUCCAAUUAAAUUAUUCUAUACCUCCAACAUGCCUAUCAUUCUUCAAUCUGCACUGGUAUCCAACCUCUAUUUCAUAUCUCAGUUGUUAUACCGGAAGUACGGUGGAAACUUCCUUGUCAAUCUUUUGGGUAUAUGGAAGCAAUCUGAAUACUCUGGCCAGUCUAUUCCUGUUGGUGGACUUGCUUACUAUGUAACUGCACCAUCAAGCCUUGCGGACAUGUUGGCAAACCCAUUCCAUGCUCUUUUCUACAUAGUGUUCAUGCUUUCUGCUUGUGCGUUGUUCUCAAAGACAUGGAUUGAAGUUUCUGGGUCUUCAGCAAGAGAUGUUGCCAAGCAACUUAAGGAGCAACAAAUGGUGAUGCCUGGACACCGGGAUUCAAAUCUGCAAAAGGAACUGAACCGCUACAUUCCCACUGCUGCCGCGUUUGGCGGAAUGUGCAUCGGUGCAUUGACAGUGUUGGCAGACAUGAUGGGUGCCAUCGGUUCGGGAACGGGCAUUCUACUAGCCGUCACUAUCAUUUAUCAGUAUUUUGAGACAUUUGAGAAGGAGAAAGCCACUGAACUUGGCUUCUUGGGAUUGUGAGCCCCUUUUAGUUACUUGCUGUUGAGAAACCAAAAGUACCUCUACAAAAAGAGUCCUACUGAGUACUGACACAAAGUUUUCGAACUACCUAAAAGGAUAACUCGUUUUCAUUUGGAUAUCUAAUUGAAUUUUAUGCACACAAUGCAAUAGCACUCCGGUGAAGUGCUAUUUCAUGCCUUUGAAGUUUGAAUCAUGGUUUAAGACUUUAAGUGCCAACUGAAGUUCAAUCGUCCUUGAAAAUGUAUUCUCGAAUGUUGCAUACAAUGAUCAAAAUGCAAUAUAUAAACCAUUCUUCACUAG